AUGAGCACUCACUAAUCUCACCACAAAAAAUUUUCUGAAACCGAAAUAGCACAUCUUGUUUCUGAAAUUGUUAAAAACAAUUAAGAACAUUUGCUAAAGAAUAUUGAUGAACUAAAUGAACAAGAACUCCACCUUUACUACCAAGAUUUGAAAUAGCUUGAUUUUAAGCUUUUACAUAGUCUUUACUAGACCUACAUUGUCUAAAAUUAGGCCCCCACUACUUUCAAUGAUGACUAAGUUACUUUAGUUGAAGAGAUUCUCAGCUUAGAACAAUAAACUGGCUAGUUGCUUAAUGAAUUAUAACUUCUUGGUCUUGAAGCUAUUGCUAAGGGCGAAGUAGCUGUUAUUCUUUUAGCUGGUGGAUAAGGUACUAGAUUGGGUUAUGACAAGCCAAAGGGUAUGCUUACUCUUGAAGUUCCUUCUAAGAGAACUAUUUUUUCUUACUACGCAGAUAAAAUUAAAACUCUUUCAAAUUAUGCUCUUUCUAAAUUCCCUCAAUAUAAGAAAGAAAACGAUGCCCACGGUCGUCAAAGAAUUCCCAUACAAUUCUACUUAAUGACUUCAGUUGUUACUGAUUAAGACACUAAAGAUUAUUUCAAGGCUAAUGAUUACUUUGGUAUUAGUGAAGACAGUAUUCAUUAUUUUGUUUAAGGUUAUCUUCCUUCAUUAGACAAAAAAGGCAAAAUUUUAUUUGAAUCCAAAAAUAAAAUCUUCCUUUCCCCUAAUGGUAAUGGUGGUAUCUAUGACUCUCUCCAAUCUACUGGUGUUUUAAAGAAACUUAAUGAUCAAAAAAUAAAAUACAUUCAGAUGAUGGGUGUUGAUAAUAUUCUUGGUAAGUUUGCAGAUCCUGAAUAGAUUGGUUUGAUGGUUAAGAAGGGAUAUGAAAUCGUUUCUAAGUAUGCAAAAAAGAGAAAUGCAGCAGAAUCUGUAGGAAUUCAUGUAUUGAGAGACAAGAAGUUUAGCAUUAUGGAAUAUUCAGAUAUGACUGAAGCUUAAAAAAAUAAAGUUGAUGCUAAUGGAAAGCUUGUUUACGACAAAUCCUUCCUCUGCAACUUUUUCUGUUCAAUUGAUUUCCUUAAUCGUAUUAUCAAUGAUGAAAAUGCAAAGAAGGAACUUUUCUAAUAUCACUUGGCUAACAAAUAAGUUGCUUAUUAUGAUGUAGAUUUAAAGUAAGUUGUUAAACCUGCUGAAAAGAAUGCUUACAAAUUUGAAUUGUUUAUUUUUGAUUCUUUCCCUCUUGCAAAGACUUUCUGUUUAAUGGAAAUCAACAGAGAAGAGUAAUUUGCUCCCAUCAAGAAUAGCGUAACAGGAUCACCUUAAGAUAAUCCCAGAACUGCUGUUGAAUAGCUUGCAAAGUUACACUAAAAAUGGCUUAUAAAUGCAGGUUAUACUUUUGAUUAUUAAGCUUCUUGGGAAAACGUAGUCGAAGUUGACCCUAAGAUUACUUACUAUGGUGAAAAUAUCCCUGCUCCCAGCGAAGCCAACAAACACAUCACAGCUAAGCCCUUCUACUUAAAAUGA